AUGGGUAGACUAAGAAGAUCUGUUGCAAACCCUCCUCCUGUUGCUGACGUGAAUCAAAUGACUCACGUUAUGGAGGCUAUGAUAGCCACAGAAGCAGCAGCAGCAGCAGCCACUGCCUCAACUGUACCUCAUCUUGUAUAUCAGGGAUUGUUUGAGUUUAGGAAGAACGAUCCUCCUGAGUUUACUAAAGUUGAUCGGCCAGAUGCAGCCAAGCAAUGGAUUAGAGAUAUUUGUGUGAGAAACUUAGGAUUGUCGGUGAGUGAUCUAGGAUGUGAAUUUGUAGUAUCGACACCUACUCUUAGUUCAAUCAAGACUUCGAUAGUUUGUGUUAGGGGUCCCAUAGUAGUUGAGGGACGAAGGUACAAAGUAAAUCUUAUUUGUAUCCCGAUGUCAGGGUUAGAUGUAAUAUUAGGUAUGGAUUUGCUAACUGCCAAUCAUGUGCUGAUUGAUUAUGAAAUUGAGCAAAGCCUUCAGUCAAUACUAGUAGUACAGGAAUUCCCUAAGAUCUUCUCAGAGGAUAUUCCUAGAAUACCUCUGCAUAAAGAGGUGGAGUUUGCUAUAGACUUGAUUCCUGGAGCUGAGCCAAUGUCUGUAGCAUCUUACAGAAUGGCAUCGAAAGAGUUAAUGGUGCUUAAGGAGCAAAUUGAGGAUGUAAUGUAG